GUCAACCUCGUGGUAUCAACAUUUUUGGGCGUACAGAGGAACUAAAGGAAAACAUACAAAUAUUUGUUGAUGCAUGUAGUUAGCUAACUUUCUGCCCAUUUUCUUUUAACCGAAGACCGUUAACUAAUAUCAUAUGUCCAAAAUGACAUGUAUUUGUUUUGUAAGAUAUCUGCAUACUCAUUGACAUGGUUUAACAAGAAUUUUGGCAGUACAAGUUUCUACUUUCAAUGCACAGGUAAACAAACAGCAUUGCUAGCUAACGUUAGUUGCUCUUAUUGCGCGUGAAUUUCACCUGCUGACAGUUUUUCCACCAUGAAAGGGCUUUACUGUAAACUGGGUGAAACUGCUGCAGAGGCGAAAUUUGUCAUCCAGGAAACGAAUGUACCCAGUGCCCUCGGUAGCAACCAGGUCAAAGUGCAAGUGAAGGCAUGUGCCCUUAGUCCACUGGAUAUAAAACUCCACGAGGAUCUAAAGUUCCAAAGGGACCUGGUGCCAGUAGGGAGGGAGAUUGUUGGGAUCGUCCUCCAAGUUGGGCCUAAGGUGACCUUUUUCCAACCUGAUGAUGAAGUUGUAGGAAUUCUGCCCUUGGAUACAGCAAUGUCUGGUUUGUGCUAUGCUGUUGUCAUCAACGAGCAUCAUCUUGUGCAGAAGCCAGAGAAGUUGAGCUGGGUGGAGGCGGCAGGGGCCAUUCGGGAUGGACUGCGGGCCUAUACAGCCCUCCAUACCCUAGCCCGUAUGGCAUCCGGGCACACUCUGCUGGUGCUGGACGGAGCCAGUCCCUUUGGAGUUCUGGCCAUCCAGCUGGCCCACUACCAUGGGGUUAAAGUACUGGCAUCAGCCCUGUCCUCCGAAGACCAGAAGUUCCUGGAGCAGCUUCGGCCCAGCAUCGCCAGGGUGAUAGGUGUGUGGGAUUCCAAGGUAGACCUGGUCGAUUCUUGUUUGGAAGAGACGGGCGGUCUAGGGGUGGACAUUGUCAUGGACUCUGGAGUGAGAUUGCACGAGGAGGAGCCAGAGGCCAGGUGUCUUCUGCCUUACAAGCAUGACAUCAUCACCCUGCUCGGGGUUGGAGGUCACUGGGUUACAACUGAGCAAAACCUGCAGCUGGACCCUCCAGAUAGCCGCAGCCUCUUCCUGAAGGCCGCCUCCCUGUCUUUCCUCAACGAGGAGGUGUGGGGGGCUUCCAGUGCCCGCCAGGGGAGGUACCUCCACAUCAUGAAGGAUAUAGUGGAGAAGCUUUCCACUGGGACCUUAAGGCCCCAGCUAGAGGACCCGGUGCCUUUGUAUGAUGCCACAGUUUCCAUGGAGAUGGUGCAAAAGAAACAAGUCCGGAAGAGGUUGGUUAUUCAACUCUGAGGCGGACAGACACUCUGGUCCAGCAUUCCCCUUGUCAAAGACAGGCUCCCAAAUUCUGCCUCGUAUUUGUGGCCAGCAGUGGUGGGAAAAGUACCCAAUUGUCAUACUUGAGUAAUAGUAUAGAUACCUUAAUAGAAAGUAAAAGUGAAAGUCACCCAGUAAAAUACUACUUGAG